AUGUCCGCCCCUGCUCAAGUCGCUCCUUCUCCAGCAGAGUUGCUAGUGGCGUCGUUCUUCUCUGGGGACGGGCUCGCGUUGAGGGCACUUAUCAGCCCUCCACUGGUCACUAUCAUCCACCUCAAGCACUGGACCGUAACGGCCAUCCUCUGCCUCCUUGUCUACGACUAUCUGUGCACACUCGAUCGCGAGAUAGCCUACGUAUGGUGCAGACCCCGGACGUUUGGGACGUACCUCUUCUUGCUGAACCGGUACCUGCCCUUCGUCGACGUAUCGAUGGCUCUCUACGCACUUAAACACCCUUUAACACCCGAGGGCUGCCAUCGCACGUAUUCGACCAUCACAUGGUUUCAGGUUAGCGGUAUUGCGAUCGCUCAAAUCAUCCUCUACCUACGCACGAUCGCGAUUUGGGAACGAAACCCGAAGGUCAUGGGGAUACUUGGGACGAUGUUCAUAGCAACAGUCACAGUCGGCAUCGUCUCCACGAAACGUGCUAUGGACAUGUUAUCCUUUGCCCCGAACAUCGUCGCCCCUCUGUGGUUCGGCUGCACGGUAAGGACGACGACGCCCAUAAUCCUCGUAUUGGGCAUCAUGAUACUCAUCUCGGAAACGACUAUUGUUAUCCUUACUCUGAUUAGAGCGUAUCAGCGCCUACGCUAUUCCAAUUCUUCCUGGGUCCAUCAGCUGUACAAACGCGGGUAUAUCUAUUAUUUUUAUAUGCUAGGACUCACAAUCCUGAACAUUGUAAUUCCCUUCCUCGUCGUGCCUCCUCUCCGAACGCUCUUUGCCGACCCUCAACGCUGUCUCCACUCCAUAAUCUGCAACCGCAUCAUUUUCCUCAUCCACAGCCGACAAAAAGUUGAUCGCAGGACCGACGCAGAUGACGAAGGCACCUCCUCGCGACGAGCCUCGCGAAUGCCAUGGUCGCAGACCCAAACUGGCGACGUCGUCAUCCUCUCAACGGUCCUCAACACCUUCCAUACCGACCCGGAACACUACGACGGCAUAUAA